UCCACACCAGUCGUCCGUGGCUCACUCGCUCCAACUGCACUGGACGGAGUUCCGAGUUCUCCGCCAUUACGAUUGCACUUUUUAGCCGGCACAUAAUGUCGAAUUAUGCAACUGCCAAGUGUUGUAGCCACUAGCUGGAAAAAGCGAUAAGUGGAGUGAGCAAAUAGUGGGUUAUAAUAGGCCCAGCAACUGUUCCCAGCUGCCAGCUUAACUGUUCCCAGGCCGGCCUAUCUCCUUUUGAAGGGCGCAACAUGUGGGCGCUGUGACGUGCAUUCAAAUGAUGAGCAGCUCAUUGAUAUGCCCCGAAGUGCUUGGAAAAAUCACCGAGUUAGAACCAGAAACCCAGGGAAAUCUGACGGAAUUAAUUCAGAAAAAAUCACCAGAGAAUGAACUAAGCUGAGUGACCGAGUGCGAGUGACUCAAUGACAUGGCAAUGGAGGACCGCAGCCGCAUCUGGAGCACGGGCAACGUCAAUCAUGGCUUCUUCAGCGACAAUCUGCAGCAGCAGCUGCCAAUACAGAGAUUACAGACGCCGGGUAACCUGAGCCUGUUAUCGGCACCCGUGAGAGCCAAUGGCAGUGGAGGGGGCAACGAGCUUGGCAACGGAACCGGAAAUGGACCCCUGGUCGUUGCCUCUGCCACGGCGAGUGGCAAUGGCAAGCAGCUUCCCUACCAGACCAUAGGACCCACUCUGGUAGGCAUUCAGUCCAGGUUUCGUCGCAGUUACUACCACAAGGUGGUGCUGGGAGGCCUGCUGGCCCUCGUAGUCAUUCUGCUGAUAGCAAUCAUAGUCGUAAGCCUUAGUAUUAAGAAAUCCAGCUCGAUUUGCCGUAGCAAGGAGUGCAUCCGCACGGCGGCCAGCCUCAUCUACGCCAUGGACGAGCAGACUGAUCCCUGUGAGGACUUUUACCGAUUCACCUGCGGUCGCUGGGCCGAGGAGCAUCCGCGUCCGGACUCGGUGACCUCCAACGACUGGUUCCGGGAGCGGCAGGCGCACAUAAUGCGCCUGGUGCGGGAGUUCCUGCGCUCGAACAUCAGCCGAGCGGAGCCCGAGGCCGUGGGCAAGGCCAAGAUCGUGUACAAGGGCUGCAUGGACACGAAGCAGCUGGAUGCCAGGGAUCUGGAACCGCUGGUGGGUUACCUGCUGCGCUUUGGUCUACCCAUCCUGCCCUCGUCCCUGAACCUCACCUUGAGCAGUGGCUCCAAGUAUGCCGGAAACGCCAACGAAAGCUUCAACUGGCUGGAGUCCAUAGUGGCCAUCAAGCAGCAUCUCAGCAUGGAUCUGAUCUUUGGCUUCGAUGUGUUUCCAGAUCCCUUUAACAGAACCAUCAACAGGAUUGCCCUAGGAACGCCGGAGACGGACUCGGCGUUUCCCUUCAACAACGAUGACUCGCACAAGCUUCUGCGGAAGAUCCAUCGGAAGACGAUCUUCAUGACAAACAGUGACGACGACGAGGACGAUAACGAAGAGGAUCGCGAGAGUGAGGAGGAGGAGGCGGCUCGCCAGACCAGCGCAGGAAUGGCGGCCUAUCUGCACUAUGUGCGCAAGGUAAUCGAAAAGUACCUGCUGUACGUGGAGCCAGGGGUCAACCAGGAGGAGGCCACACAGGGCAUCACGGAGCUGGUCAAGCAGGGAGUCAAGGUGGCCAAGAAGGUGCAUGAGUUAAAAGAAGACGCCGAGAACAUAACCAAGCCCUCGAAGAACCCGGCAGACGACAUCAUCUACAUCUCCCUGCUGGACCUGCAGAACCAGACGGACAAGAACAUAGCGCCCAAAACUCUGCCCAUCUGGAUGCGCUACAUGGAGCUGAUCCUGAAGGGCACCAAGCACGCGGGCAACCCCCAGAUGACCAGCAAUCUGACCAUCAUCACCAGCCAGGCGGACAUCGUGUACCUGCAGCACGUGGUGGAGUACCUGGAGGACAUACCGCCCUCCCACAUCGAGUCCUACCUCUGGCUGAGUACCAUCGAGGAGCUGGUGCUGCACACCACCAGUGCCAUGCGGCUGCUCCACUCGGAGUACAUGCGAGUGGCCAUCGGGACGGAGGGCAGCACUCCGAGGUCUCUGUACUGCGCCAGCGGAGUGAAUAGCCUGUUCGGGAUGGCGGUGAGCUAUGUCCUGGCGGACGAGGAGUUCACCCGGGAGAAGCUGCCGCGCGUCCAGCGGAUGCUGAGCGACAUCCGGCGCUCCUUUGACCGCCUGGUCAAGUCAACCACCUGGAUGGACGAGGCCACCAAGCGGAAGACCAUCCAGAAGUCUGCCGAGAUGAAGAGCUUCAUCGGCUUUCCCUCGUGGCUACGCAAUGCCAGCGCCCUGAACGCCUACUACGCGGGCGUCGAGGUGAACGCGAGCAAGCACCUGGAGAACCUCAUGGACUUCGUCCACUGGCAGAUGAUGGACAAGCUGAACGAGAUGGACAAGCCGGAGCCCAUUGGCUGGGCGACGUCGCCCUCGAACGUGAAUGCCUUUCACACGUUUCAAUCAAAUGCAAUCACCGUGCCCAUUGCCAUUUUGCAGUAUCCCUUUUACGACCUGGGUCUCGAGGCUCUGAACUACGGCUCAAUUGGCACCAUCCUGGGCCACGAACUGACGCACGGCUUCGAUGACAGUGGCCGGCGCUUCGACCGGGCCGGGAACAUGGUCGAGUGGUGGUCAAAUCGCACCAUCGACGAGUACAUCAACCGCACCGAGUGCUUUGUGGAGCAGUACAGCCGGUAUCACCUGGAGGACAUCGAUGAGUAUAUCGAUGGCGAGCUAACUUUGGGCGAGAAUAUCGCCGACAAUGGUGGCAUGCGGGAGGCCUUCUAUGCGUACCGACUCUACGUCAAGGAGGUGGGUCGGGAGCGGGCCAAGUUGCCCGGCCUGGAGCACUACACCCACGAGCAGCUCUUCUUCAUCUCGUUCGGGAACCUGUGGUGCGAGACCUACACGCCGGCGGCCUCUAGGUACGCCCUCAGCGACUCCCACUGUCCCGGGCAGAUGCGCCUGCGGGGCGUCCUGUCCAACUCCGAGGAGUUCGCCAGGACCUUCAAGUGCGCCCGCGGCACGCCAAUGAAUCCCAAUCAGCCCAAGUGCCGGAUUUGGUAGGCGGACCAGGGGCAGUGGAAUGGACAGUGGACAACAGGAACAGUCAAGUGAUUUUUCUACACAUUCGUACUAUAAUUCGUACAAUAGUCUAAGGUUUAGAUCGAUUAUACAGGUGUGUCUUUUGCACGGCUUUUGAGGUGCAAAUAAAUGGUAAAAGCUUUUCGAUGGAA